AUGGGUCGAGUCUUCCGAGAAGGCAAACCGGCCGAGUACUCUGUUAAUUUGCGUGCGGCAUACAAGCGCCUGUCCGAUGAACUGAACACAGCCAAGACCGCGAUGACUGAGGCCAAGGAAUUGGCCUGGCAACAGAUGCGUCAGAUUGUCUCCGGAAACGGCGCAAACCUCAUUGAUGUGGACAAGUUCAGCAAGCACUGGGCUCUCUUCUCGCAGACCCUGGCCGCCUCACGGGAUACGGCUUGGCGCAACGAGAGUCAUCGUAGAGAGUGGUUGGAGGCCACUCAGUACCUCGAUCGACUUCUGAUGGACUUGCAGCAGUAUACCACGGUGGGUGACUGGUUUAUUUUCAAACUAAUCUCAUUCCCCAUUCUGAUCUUCCUCGGCCAGUCCCAGUUCGCCUCAGGUGCGUUUGAAUACUCUUUCUUUGGAAUUCAUACAGGACUGUGAAAUAUGCAGAAGAAUGCAAAUCACUUAGGGAGUUUGCCGAGCCAAGCUGGCCAGCGAUAGGACUUAACACACAAAGAGGACACGCUACCGUGUUUACUGUAACUUCAGAUUAAGACUCAUCCCAGUUAGUCUCUGAUUACAAAACUAUGUAAGGCGAAAAUUUGUCUCUAUAAAUAUCACCAUCUGAAACUGAUCGUAAUCAUUUUUGCCGUACCUAUAACUCAAAAGCUGUCCAACUAGUUCAUCGAGGCGUAGCGAAACAUCUAGUCAGAUAGGCGUAGGAGGACGUCCCUUGGGCGAGAAUUAGAGGGUAGGAAAGGUUUUCUUACAAAAAUCAAGAAAGUUACUCUUGCAUUUUUAAGUUUAUGUCAACACCUCGUCCGCGGAGGGCACUCCCCAGGGGGCGUUUGGUGAAGAGGGCGAGGGGUUGUAGAAAACCUUAACGUCCACGACCACCUAUCCAUCUCUCCCCAAAUGGCCUACACUUUUCCAUAAUAUCACCUCUAAACGACUGCUACUGCGGUCCUGCGACUAUUUUAGAUUCGGCAAUUUGCCUCCUCGGCCGACUAUUUGGAUAAAAGGGCUUCCAUUUUCGUCUCGUUGAUACUCGUGGUGGUGGUGGUGGUGUGUGGUUGUUGUCGAAAAUGAGAAAGGGGGACAGGAUGAUGGUACUGUAAUUUUUUUUCCAGCAUAUUUAAACAUUUAUGUCUCAAAAAUCCUUUUGGGGAUUAUAAUUAAACUUCUCGAAACCGAAUUUCUUCAGCGACUCUGCGGUCUUCUGCACGUUCCGAUGGACCCACUGGUGAUCCGAGUAUUUCUGAAAUCACAGUAACUCGUGGAAACACGUCUUCACGCCUUUCGCUAGUAUUCCGUGUGACGUGAUCUUUUACUUACACAUUUGAUUCCUGGCUGCUAAAAUUAGCAAUUCGGAACUCAGGGCCUGCAUUUGCCUAAGAGAUUAGCAGUCAAUACCAAUCUGUAAGAAUCUGCAGCUAAACUUCUCACUCCAAUUCCAAGGAGUGCUACAGAGGUCAUUUAACAACUCUGGAGGGAUUUAUAGUGAACCUAAAUAAAUUGCUGAAUUAUGUUUAUCCUUUUUACAGCGUCCUAUCAUGCCGCACACGCUUUACUUCAACUGCACACUACUUGGCAUCCCACAAGCAAGAGCUCCCUCCAAAAUCUAACGCCUCCACUGCCUUGAGACUUGGAAAAAUCCCCGACAUAUAGGGACUAUUGCCACGCACAAACUGACUGGCCAGCCAACGACAAGCCUCUUCAUGCGCAUUUGACGUUAUCCACGUUUGUGUAAGGAAUUGUGAAAAAAAGCUAGUGACAUCGUAAAUGCUUUUAGCGAUACACCUAAAAGCCCCUCUUCGCACAGACCUAUAUCAUUUCAUUAUUAGGUCGUAGGAGAAAAAGGGAAUUGCACCCAAUCAAAAAGUACCGGGGCAUCAUCGUACAGGCGAAACCCCCGCCCUAAAUUUGCCGUAAGAACACUUUGCCAAGCGAGUCACCAGGGGAGUGUUUGUUUGCUCUGCUAACCCCGAUGUAGGGCAGCAAACGCUCUGAAGCCCCUUUCAGCUGUUUUGUGAAACGCACUUUUUUGUUUUUUAGUUAGUACUUGUGUCGGGCAUAUGGUAAGGUAUAUUUGAGAAAGCUGGAUAUGAAAAAAUCGGCCUUAGGCAUUUGACGAGCGGGAGUUUUUUAUUCCACUCAGACCGCUGGCGUGAAAAUCCCGGGGUGAGUUAGAAAAUAUCUACCCUGCAGAUUUUUCUUCAAUCACCUUCUACAGCUCAUAGCCGUUGCUUUUCAAGGCGAACCAUUCAUCAGCGUAGUCAGAUAAGGAUAUUGAAUGACGUUUCAGGUCCGCAGUAAAUUUUCUUUCAAAGUUUUUCCACGCUGCUGGCCCCUUUUAUACUUUUUCCAGUUACUUAAUUAGUCAUUCGAGCAACUGGAAUCGGCGUGGUCACCACCAGCACUGUUCGGCUUUCUGGUUACACCAGAGCACCCCUCAGUUUUCGUUGUCAUGUUCUCAUGCACCGUCUUCUCGCUUUAUCUUCCAGAAAGACACAACCACAGGUGUGCAGUACAGCCACAUCUACGGCCUGAUCGCAACGACCCUGGUCAUAUUUGUGAGCCUUCUGAGCCUUCUGAUCUUCUUCGGUUGUUACCUCUGCGUUUGUGUACGCUCACGGGCCAGCCUGUUGGAGCCUACUGCUGCGGCGUCGGAAGCUGCUGCCGCUCCUCCUCUGCCCAGUCUCUCGGACCGCCUGAUGAAUCGAUUCAAGUCCUCCCUGGGCGGCUUCCGCCCUGGGGGCAAAAACAGUCACUAUCGGGCCUUCCACGUGAGUCCCGCACUGUUCCCGCCCAGCUACACUUUUUUGUUACCGGCGUUGCUGUGUUCCAUCAAGCGUAGCGUUCUGCUUGACUGUCUCUGACGCCGCAAGGGUUGGCCCUGAAAUUGGUGACUUUUUGUGUCGGUGAGUCGAAGCCUUGUGGCUUGGCGACCCCGCCGGGAGCUCAAAUUAACGCCUAUAACGUGUGGGGAGGGCAUGUGGGAAGAGCCUACGACCGCCGUGGCAGCUAGAAGAUCGAUCCACUUGUUGUUUACUUAUUUAGUGUGAUUUAUGGGUGUACUUUCUGUCAGAAGACCGUGUUGUAAAGUUUGAGCGAUUUUCGGGAAAUGCUGUCGGACCCAUCCGGCUCGCCGGUCGCCAUCUGCAGCCAACUGGAUGAGUGAGCUUAGUGUGAACUUCCCAAUUUUUCGCAAAAUACAGUAGGUGGGCUUACUCAUGAAAUGUCAAACGAAAUUCCGAAAUGCGUUUUCGUUUCAAAAAUAUUAAUUAAGUAGGGUUGUUAAACUGGUGAGCCUGCAACACAAUUCUAUAAUAAUUCUAUUACCUCAGGAUGCUGGCCUUCGAAUGAACUUCUUUCAGGCUGCAUGCAUAAGCUAAUCUCUAUAGUAAAUGACUACUCAAUUUGCAUGCUUUUAUCUCAUUUAUUUCUAUGCCAUUAAAAAUUCGAUUAUAUUUCAUGGAAAGCCUGCAUAAGUAUAUUUAUUCUUUUGCUUAUUCGGUAGAAAAUUACGUCUUGUCUAGUUUUAUGCUCGGAGGGACAUAAUUUUAUUCUAAAAAGUUUCUGAUUAUGAGAAUUUUUGAUACCAUGAAAUGACCGUUCAUAAAACGUCAUGUCUCUGCAUCUACUAGUUUUGCUUGCAAAGUCAACAUUAAGGUUCAAAUCGGCUGCUAAAUUUUAUGAACACCAUAUGGUUUUUUCUUAAUUCUGUAGAGGAAUGUAUUAUUCUCCGUACGCGGAAAAAACGGCUUUUAGUUUGGAAACCCUGAAUGCAAGGGCAACGGCAGGUCGGGUUCGAAAUUAUUCGGGAAUCGGAGAAGUUUUUAACAACUGAAUUAUACCCUUCCUUUGAGUAUAAAAUUGAAAGAAGACGUCAUUUUCUAGCGAAUGAGCUAAAGAAUGAAUGUCCUAAUGCAUGUUCUCCAUGAAAUAUAAUUGGACUUUUAGGGCAUCGAAAAUAAACGAGAAAAAUGCAUGCAAAUUAAGUAGUCAUUUAUUACAGAAUGUUGUUUCUGCCUGAAAGAAGUUCGUUCGAAAGCCAGAAACCUAAAGUAACUGAAUUAUUAUAGAAUUAUUCUGCGAGAUGAUUUAUCUUAUAACUCUGUUUAAUUAAUCUUUUCGAAACGAAAACGCAUUUCGGAAUUUCGGCAUUUCAUGAGUUAGCCCACCUACUGUAAAUGCACCCGUUAGAAGAUACCAUCCACCCUAUCGUAACUUACCUACAAUUCACUAAUUUGCACUUUUUUAACAGUUCCACUCCUUCCCUGAUGCGCACACAGUUGCUACGAGACGCUUUCAAAGGUUGCAAUGGUUUUCCUUCAUUUAGGAGCGGGUUACCUUUGUCAGACCUGGUUUUUCAACGGUAGUGUGGUGGUUGACUUCCGCCUCAAAACCCGGGCUUUUUUUCCCUGACGCUAGCAGUCGCCUAGCGACGGACAGUCAAUAAGCACUAACAAAGGGCAAGUGCGGCCGACGGGGCGACAAUUUCUGGCCCAAACGCGUGACUCCAGUGGUAAUAAAAUUUAACGGGGCGAGGUAUUUUGAGACGCUAGUCCUGCCUUGCUCACUCUGUACGAAGCAAAUGGCGUUGCGCUGCAGUCACAGUCGCAACCCACGAGGGUCUCGCGCCUCCUUGAUAAAUUUGCUCACCUCACUUCAAAGAGCUCAAGACAAGUCUGUGGCCUACUAACAAUCAGCAAUGACCGUGAAACGACCGUCUGCAUCAGGCGUGUCAGGAGCUCGGAGGACAUUGUACGUUUUAUCCGGGGUAUGCGCCCUGCGGGACAAUUUUGGUUAUCGCUAGCAGCCCAGGCGGUUGGCGGACAGAAUAGGGUCAAGUAAGAUUCCAACAACAACAAGUGUGGACCACGCGCCUACAUAACAAGCAUGCCAGUGCAAUCGUCUCACCAGAAUCCAGCACGGAUGACGAAAUCACGGCAAUUAACUACUUGGACUCGGACUGACAAGCCACCACCGCAUCAAUUACGACCCCAGCGGUGAUUGUGAGGGCUGUUAAUUACAGUGCGUCUACGGUCCCACGGCUGCCACGUGCUAUAAAUACUGCACUCCUUGAGUCGGCAUCACCUUUAUCUGCGAAUGUCUCUGAUGAUGGAUUCGAGUGAGAAUCCGAAACGUCAGGCCAAUAAAUUUCGUGUUCCAGUGAUCGCAUCUUCGUCUUCUAAGCAUGCAAUUGUUAAUAUACCCGAUCAAAACCGACUAGACAACGAACCCGUAGCUUAGGGGUUAGGGUAUUGGUCUCCUAACCAACAGGUCGCCGGAUCAAGCCACUGACGUUGCAAAACCUACGGUUAGGUAUGACUGGCUGAUGGCGGCUAAAAGGCCGGAGAUGGCAAUUCCAGCCUCCAUUACCUUUGUUGGCAGUUUUUCUGCCUACGCAUACGGGUGUGUAGAGGAGUGGAGUACCGACGACGACAUUGCUGACUUGAAUGGUCAUUUUUGGCUUUUUUGUUGUCAUCAGCUGGUCUUACCCAAACCCUAUGUGAGAGACCUUCGCCUCAAACCUGUGUUCGUUAUUCAACGAGCGUUUCAUAUAUACAUAUAAUGGUAGGGGGCGCUCACCGAUCGUUCAUACGGAACUCACUCGUCCCUUUGUGCCUCUCGGGCUCUCUCGAGCCCAACCAGCAGCCGCACAGCGGCGCAUGAUAUAUAGGCAGAAUGGCAUUACAGACAAAGACAAGGAAAACUGGAAUGGCCAUUUCUGGCUUAUUAGCCAGAUGAUUAAUUGAUGCAUGCAUCAACCCGCAUAUCGAUUUAGAUGCCACAUACAAAAUCGUUAAGGACAGAUUCAAACUGAGUCAGACAAUCCCGAGAUGACAACCUUAACCAAUCAUGGACUCCUUUUGCUAGACUCAGUCUAAAAGUUAAUUUUUUUUGCACACCCGUUGUCUGAAGACGAGCUGGGGAACCAGUCUCGAAAAUUCACAAUAAAAUUUUGCUGUUUCUCAAAGAACUUCACCUUUCUAAUUAUAUUUCUUGGGAUGCCUGUUUUUUCAAUAUAUAUAUAUAUAUAUAUAUAUAUAUAUAUAUAUAUAUAUAUAUCGAUAUGCGUAUAUAUAUAUAUAUAUAUGUUGAAUAACUGACGUGGUAUGCAUUCAACCUUUGAGUGAGGAAGUUGACCUGGCCCACAAAUGCAGAUUGCAUGAGAAGCGUCUUCUGGCCUUCGAGGUGCGCCACUAGCGAUAGGCUAGUAUACAGUUACGUUAUGUAGGUUUGUGGAGUGUCCGUCGACGGUACCACGUACUAAUUCCUUUCAUGGCGCAUAUGCAUGUUCAUGUUGUCAUUUAUAACGGAGAAGAUCAGGAGACUGACCUUUAGAUACUGUUCCUGUUAGUUGCAUGCCAGUUUGCCUCCCUCUUCCGCCAGUCCUUACUUUUCAAUUUUUUCGUCCAUUCUCCGCUUUCUAAGUGUCUGUAUUGUCACAGCGCAUUUGGUUUUCGCUUAUUUCCUACACUCUCCAAUCACGCCACUUUCACCCACUGGUGCCCCUGAUCCUAUUUGCUGUUCCGCCCUUAAAAUGUGAUUCCCCCUUAAGACGAGCAGCAUUCAGGGGUCACCAGUUGAGAUUUUUUAACAGCACUGGACUGUAACACGUUCGCUUAUCUAGAUAUCAAUAGUUCACUUAACUUCGACUCCCGUUUUCUGCCACACCGAACUAUCAUUUUUUCGUAUCGGUUAGCACUUGCCCGUCACAGUGAAGAGCUCGGCGUCGUAUCAGCCCAUUCGGGAGGACAUCCUGCACACAGUCAGUUCCUCGCCACCACCACCGCCACCGCCGCCGCCGCUCACUCCGUUCUCGCAGAAUCGGUUUGGCAAUGGAUUGACUACCGCUGCCUAUGCCGACUUCUCAUCACCGACAAGUGAGUUUUCAUGCUUCCAUCCCACCUCCUUUUAUGGUGGUUAGGCUGGCUCCCACGCAUCCUGACUCAGUCCGACCACACACACCGGCACGCAACAUCCGAUCGGUCCCUCUUGCGUCUCGUCUGUUUGUGUGUUCAUGACGUACUACUAAAAGUCGUGGCGUAGAAGGUUGCUGACUGGCGGAAUAACUCGAUUCGUCUCAGCGCUGAGAGGGGUAGGACGCGGUGCAUCCAUCUCAAUGUCGCUUUUAUGGAGCUCUCUCCCGUGGGCGCAGACGAGCCCUCACAACCGUGACGUGCAUAUUCAGGGUGUCAGGGUAGUGUGUGGCACGCGUAGACGGGUUAUUUCACUUUGUCGGUCGUUGAGGUUGAUCCUGCCUCCGGUCUUUCUGAUAUUACCUUUCCGUUGGAGCCGGUCGGGUGAAUUAGGGGACACUGCGGUGGAUUCUGCAUAUGUCUGUCGUCAUUAUAAGCUAACUCUCACGCAAGUUGCCGUCUCGGGUCUACUCCACCGCACACAAUGGGCCAUCUUUCUUCACGACGACUGAGUCGUCGUGUGUGUGUCGGACAAUCUCCACUGAUGCAUGCUAGAGAAAGGGGUCAUAAAGUCGAUAAGGCAGUGCAGUUAAUCAUGACACCUUCCUACUGUGCAGGCUAACAACUGAGGGCACGGGAAAGCAGUUCCGGGGUUCAUCUGGUAACAUGGUGUCUGCGGUUGUCUUGCUGGAUUUCAGCUCGCUUGUCGGGACAUUUCAAAAAAGUCGACUUUCGGCCAAUCCGUAGUUGCUGUGAUGUUCCAUGCCCCUACUGCGUCUUGAAUCUCAGCACGUUUAGUGAGGCGUCCGUUCUGGGAAUGCGCGACCAAAUCUGUUAGUCGCCACUAGCUCCCAUUGCGUCCACAAGUGGCGAAUAGGUGUCGCCUCUCUGGUUUUUAGCAUAAUUUAGAUGAGAGUUAGUGAAGUUCAGAAACUUACGGGAAUUGGCAUGGCUAAGUUGAAGGGCAGAAUAUCGACGUAAAUUGGUUGACCUUCCUUAUCUUGAUUGAUAGACUGACUCUACAUCCUUUUCAUGUUUCUACACUAAUGUGUCUCACCUAAACAAACAGCUGUCCUCCCCUUGCUUUAGAUUAGUCUUUUUGAUUAAAUCGCUAAAUUCGUCUAAGCAGAGUCCACUUGCGAAAAUGAGAGUCUGACCAUCGUUGCCGACGAUGUCCAUCGUGUUCCGCCCCUCAGCAGGAUCGGCGCUGGGACGGUGACUUACGGGUAAAUUACCUUAUGGUUACAAUAAGCUUGCGCUGCAUCUACCGCACCCUCCUCUCGCAAACCUGGCGAGAAGGCGGAGGUGACUGGCGCGACGUAAACCCGCAUCUAGGCGUGCCACAACACCAUCAAUUCUGCACAAAAUCGGUUAGGAUUCCAUACAACAAGAAAGGACGACGGCUCGGACCUCGGCUGAGUAGGAGUACCUCAGACGCCACAUUUAGGAACCGAUGCAGUCUGAAUUUCGCUUCACCAGUCAGCCAUUUCACACAGACACACACUGCGCUGACAGCACCGUCCUAGUUAAACCGUCAGUUGUCACAUGUUUUGAUUAUAUCAAACACGUCAAAUUGCUUAUAGUACGGAAAAUUCCCUGACAGUCGGCCUGACUCUCCUUUCUCUUUCGCGUGCAACAGUUAACUGUCCGAGCCGGUCAACCAACUCUUUAUGAGAUUUGGUGAGAUGGUUGACAGAGCUAACAGUGAUCACUCUACGCGUGCCACACACAUGACCUGCCCCUACCGCUGGCUUGUGCUGAUGCGUGCACAGCUCAUUCGUUUAUUAUUCUAGUUCUAUGGCGGAUGAUAUCUUUCUUAAACCUGAUUUGUGAAUGAUAAGUGUCUCGAGAGAGGUUAACUCAUGGUCUCGCGUUUUGCUUUGCAUGAGCUUCCUCAAUAUUAUAUUCCACAGUGAUUCACCGUAAGAACCUUUCUCAAGUAUAACUGCGUAAUUGAAACCCAAUCGUUAAAUUUUUGCCACUACUCACUGCAACCUGCACAAGGCAUUAGUGUACCCGGGCAAGAAACUGCGGAAAAAUCCUGAUUUAAGUGCCGUUUUGAUGGGAGCCGUUGUUGUUGAAUGUGCAAAUUAAUAUAGCCAUCGGCGUCUGUUUGACGACUCGAGCGGCAAAACACUGAAAGGAAUUCGAUGGGUCGACUUUUAAACUACACCCCGUUGCGAAACGUUUCUGCUUGCGCAAAUGCGCACUGGAUGCUUGGUGCCUAAUGGAUUUGCAGGUUGUUAGAAGUUCUAUCUACACUAGAAAUGUACCAGCUCGUGAAGCUUCGACCGAAAUUUUGAAAUGCUUAUUUAAUUUGAAAAAUAUUACUUAAGUCGGGUUUUCGGAUCAGUUAUUUUGUCGCAUUUCCGGAGAAACCCGAACUAUGUAAACAGUUAGACCACGUAGUCAACCUCAGCUGGCCUGAGCCUUUUUGAUUUCCGAAAUCCGCCGGCGUGUUUACUUCUCCAUUUUUAUUCCUAUGUUGCGUUUUGAAGUUGCCACUUUAUUGAUUAGUCUACGUGCAGUAUACGAUGACCUUGCUGUUCUACAUUGAUUUUCUCUGUCGAAGUUCAAACCUCUGUAUCUUACUCACUUGUUAUCUGUGUUAUGCAACGACAGGUUGCAGCUGAUAAGCCGUCGCAGAAGUUAAUGGUAUCAAUAAAUUCUGCUGUCCAUGCCUGCUUUAAAUUCAUUGCGGGGAAAUAUUGCUUCAACAUAACCGGAUGCUUCGUGUCUAAUGGAUUUACAGAUUGAAACAAGUUCUAUCUACACCAGAAAUGUGCCAUCUCGUGAAGCUUCGACCGAAAUUUUGAAAUGCUAUCAAUUAUUUUGUCGCAUUGUGUUAAGAUGUUCCUGUCACGUGAGCGUCCCGCCUAUCCCCAGAGCUCCUUAUCGAAACUAUGUUCCGCAAGUAACUACUACUUAGAAGGCGUGGAUUUUCCCGUUGAUUUUUGUUGCCCUUAUAAAUUCAAAUAUACAUAUACAAUUAUGCGGAAAAAUAUUCCUUCCUUUGCCCAUUUGGUAGAAAAUUACGUCUUCUUAUAAUUUUGUACUUGAAAAAGUGCAUCUUCCUGUUUGAAAGAAGUUUCUACCUAGGAGAUUUUUCAAGACUGAAAUGUCCAAUCACCAGCAUCGCAUUUAUUAAUGCCGAUUAUAAAGUGGAUGGCGUGGUUCACAUCCGUCACAAGAUUUUAUUAGCCCUAUUUGUCACCUUUAUAAUAUAUGACUUUCCUUGCACGAAAAGCAUACAUGUCGCUGUUCAGAAAUCGCAAAUACAAGUGUAACGGUCUUUUAGGUUCAAAAUCAUUCCGAAGUUUAGAAGGUUUUUUAAAUUCGAACGACACCCUUUCUUUAAGCAUAAAGUCUGGAGCGGAGGUAAUUUUCUAUCAAGUGAUAAAAUAAAGAACAUCUCUCCAUAUGUUUUUUAUAAAGUAUAUUUGAAUUUAUAAGGAUAUCAGAAUUCAGUGGGAAUAAUCCAUGCUGCCCAUAUAGGCAUUACUUACGGAGCAUAGUUUACGUAAGUAGUUAAUAGGGAGCUCUUACAAAAGCCGGCAUCCUGAUGUGACUGGAAUAUCUUAAAAUAAUGCGACGAAACAUUUAAUCUGAAAACUAUACUUUGGUAUCAAAAACAUAUUUCGAAAUUCCAGUCGACACUGCAUGAGAUAGUUUAUCUAUUGUAUAUAUGCUGUUCUGAUAGCUCUGUAUUAAAAUUUUGCGGAACAGCAUUCUGUCCAUUUGCGGCAAUUAUUAUGCUCAUAAUUGUAAACUUAACUUGUUAUCGUUCGUUCAGAGGAAGGACUUCACCCGCACUAGGUGAAUCAAGUUGAUGAAUCUCUACAGCGACCCCUCCAGGAGAUGCGUCAGACCAACAAGGAGACCCGAUUAGUGUACAACGUCAACUUGUUUGCGCAGGUCUGCCUACCUCUUAAUAAGUGCACGCCCAGGCGCAUGUCCAUGCCGCGCCUGUCAUUUGUGCUAGACGACUGACUGACUCGGUUAAUGGACAUCACGAGCACCAACCUCCGUUGCCCCUCAGAGUGGACGCAUCAUCGGUGACUUGCACGUGAAUUAGUUUCUGAUGGGGCAGGCGUUCAGGAUAUUAUUUCAGGCGGCCUCCGUGCCGAUAGCUGGUCUCUAUUUGCCACGCUGGCAAUGUAUCGAGGAAAGGAUCCAAAGUACCUCAUCGGAGCAACUAAUGUUAGAUUUUACGGAGAAGAAAGUGAGUACUUGGCCAAAUUUGCUGAUGUUCGACAGGCCGGCUUUCUCACUCCAAUCUCUUCUGUCAAUGCAAGGGAUUCGGUACUGUUAACAGUGCUCCACGCCUGCUAGGAAGUUCAGGCGAGCCCCUUUCAUCCCCAACGGUGAUUACGCCGCCGACGAAGCUUUGCCGUUAAAGGCCUCUUCUUGAAGCGCAGUUGCCCUUUGAUAUCUGUUGUCGCUACCAAAAUAGAGACAAAGUACAACUCUGGAAAAGCCAUAGAGCUGUUUGCCGCCUGCCCAACACAUGAAAGUAUCCCAACGUGUCUGCUUAACUUUCGAGCGAAUAUUACCUGUCGUGUGAACUUGAAGAGCUUCUGGUAAAUGUGACCUGUAUGCGUUGUUUGCCCGAGGAAGGCUGAGGCCUCUUGCUGUUAGUUCCUGCCGAGGAUACUAUGAUUUCAGAUCAGGGAACAAGUACCAAACGCAAAACCCCGCCACUGGGCCAAGCGGUGCAAUUUCACGUCGAUGUUGUCUGCAACGGUUGUCGGUCUUUACCUCCCAAGCGUAGGAUGGGAGAAUGUGUGAAGAAUACACUUAAAUUCGCCGCGGGGAAAGCUCAAGUGGUCGCUGUCUUUAGACGUAGUCUUCAUACUUGCUUCCCCUGGAAGAUAGUCUUAUAAACAAGCAUUUCUUUUCUACAGCUGCCGUGGUAGGCUUUGCAGUGCUCUCCCCAAUAUUCCGGAUGGUAACUACCUCUGGGUAUCCGUUUUCACGGAGAAUGUUUUGCAGCUACUGCAAUUAUGCGUCAACAGUCUCUGGAGAGCAGAUACGCCGUACUCGAGCUGCCAAUCCCUCGGCCAAACUGUGAAAAUUAAUGUGGUGUCCUUUCCAGGUUUUCUUUCGGAAUACCCUUUGCUGGAUAGAUCUAUCCAGUCGUCUAUGCAGAAAGACAUCGCAGAAGACGAUUUCGUUGUCUGCCUCGAAAUUUGCUGAGACCUUUAAUGAGGGGUGCUCACCGUUACAUUGUUGGACCAGGGCGUCAAUGUCGGUGGUAAGAUCUCUCAGGCAGAAAAUAUUGUCCAUGCACCGUUCGUAGAAGUCGAAACCAUUCGUAGUAUCUUCUAACCUCGUCUGCUCAACUUUUCCCACGAAAAAAUUUGCAUGGAACGGACCAAGCGAUGAGCUCAUCGCCACGCCGUCUAUUUGCCCGUAGUAGUUGGCUUUUGCAGAUAAACUGGAUAGUUUCGUUAGCGUUUUCACAGGCAUGCCUAUCGGGUAAUUCGUAUCAUGUAUAAAUUCAGAAAGGUAGGUUAUUGUUCAUGCUAGGGGUACAUCAGUAAACAAUGAUGAUGCAUCUAGCAAAAGCAUCCUCCGCUCCACAAUCUUUAUAUUCUAGACGGCCUCUUAAAACUCGAAGGAGUCCUUUCAACAGGCGUUCGCCAACGUUUCUUUCCAGGUGUAACAUGGGAAUAGUCGCAGCAAUCAAGUAAUUAUUGCACCACGUGUAACUACCUGCGAUGAAUGCCGGGCUUCCAACCUUGAUAGACACACCGUGGCAUAGACGUUGCCUCCUAUGAGUACUGCGACACCUAUGCGAAAACUGUCCCCAUCUGAUCCUGUAUCUGGUGGUUGAAUCGAAUGCAAAUCGGAACCUUCAGGCGAAUAAAGCUCUUAUUCUUGCAACCUUGUCGUCUAUUUCCCGAAUUAGGUAACAUUCAACCUGUGUCUGGCGGUUCGUAGUAUUUGCGGAGGAGACGCCAAGGAGACAUUAUGAAGGGGCCAUUUGCGAGAGAGAGAGACUGUUUACUACCGCCAUGUCUUUUACCGCGGCAUGAUGGGCUCAGGUACGCCAGACUUAUUAUAAUGAAGAAUGCGCUGAUUGGAUAUGGAAAUAAGCAUAUAAUGACACAGAGGCCGCCCCCUUUACACACUGCAACACCUAGGCCAAAAAUUGCUCUCCUCUGAUGGUGAAAACGAGUAUGAAUCUGAACCGUAAGGCGAAUAAAGCUCUUGUUCCUCUGACAGUGUGACCUGCUUCGCGAAAUAGAUCAUAUUACCUCAUUUUGACCCGACGCUGAAAAACUCGGUGACUUUGGUGGGAUUCGAACCCACGACUGUCUAGACAUCACGCCACGCGCGCGCGACCAAGGUCGUGUACUCCCUUUUACGCGACCUUCGUGCUGAUUAGCCACCCUUCAGCCUAUGACGUUCUCCCCCCCCGUCACAUACCCAACCGUGUCUACAUGACUUCCCGCUUGUACUGUCUCCCGUUCUCAGUACUCGUUCUGUCUACAACCCGCCUUGUGUUUUGCAUACAUAUUAUCGACGGCGCAGCUUAAUAAGCAUGGCUUUUUGCAAUGAUUUACCGUACUAACAACACAGGUAUUAGCUAAAAGCCCAGACACGCGUGUUUCGCCGAUCUUAUGCCGCUGCCUGACGCAGCUGCGAGGGGUUCGGCUCGUCAGUGGGUCCCCCAGUUUUCCUCGUGUGUGUUCUGGUAUAUUAACUCAAGUUUCAACCUGCCUUGUUUUAUUUCCCAGGAAAAUAAUGCGCGAAUUCGGAGUAACUCCAAGUAACUUGGAGUUACUUCAAGUUCACGCAUUAGUUUCCUCGGAAAUUAAACAAGGCAAGCAUAGUUUCAUUGCUGCCUACACCUUACCUUUCGGGUUUAAAAGCUCUCCGAAAUCCUCAAAUGACCCGUGGUUGCAAUGGAGAAAGACAUUUGAGGGUUACAUUAAACUACUUCCGAUUUUGUCACCAAUGAUUGCUCUAGAAGUUCCCUUUAAGUUGAAUCUUCUCCGGAAAAAUUUUGCAGACUUGGGACAGCGGUAUUUCGGCGCCCUUAAUUUACGAGAGACUACUGAUCUCCAAACAGAAUUUACGAAGCUCGAGUCAGCGUGGGGAGGAAAAGACAACGUCUCCCUGAGUCGCUAUCGGUUUUGUCAGACGUGUCAGGAAUCCAGUCAAUUUUAUUACGAAUUUGACCCUCACCGUCCAGGCCUGUGGGCAUAAAGAAAUCAAGGCAGGCAUCGUCAAACAAGCAAUGCUCGCUCAGAAGUUGACCGUUGGUUAAUGCGCUGUACAAGUUCAGAAGAAUCUCUUAUCAGAGAAGAGGGAUUUGUCAUGGGAGAAGGCCUGUAAUGUUGUCAGUCCUCAAGGGCGCGUACGGCGAAACCUUCAGCAGCUGAAUCAGUUAAACGCUUGAGGGGUAUCAUCCUUGGAACCCGUAGUGGCUGUCUCCCUGGUCAACACUGCCGCGUCUUCACGUAGACAGCAACCAUCAGCUCCCCCAAAACAACUGCUAUCCUGCCACCUUUGUGGUCAGACUGUAUACACUAGAAGACAGUGUGCCGAUUUUUAGAAAAAAUUAGCCACAUCGAACAAGUUUGUUUCUCCAAAAGACGGACGAACGCUAACCUGCACGCCAUCUAUUCUAAUCCAGGUGGGGAUGGCGAUGCGAUACCCUAACUAUUUCCAGCCAACGCGCCGCCCCAAUCGCCCUACACCAUCACAUUUCCGGUUUAUCGCCAUCCUGUGAAGUUUGAAAUUGACACUGGAUCAGCUGUUACUGUCAUCAAUGAGGCCUCUCUUCGGAAAUAACCCCACCUCCUUCCGCAUAGCUCAAAUUUACGUAUUUACACUGGACAGAACAUAGAGGUUCAAGGGGCCUUUGCGGUCGAAGUUGAGCGUGAUGGAGAACUUCAUUACUGCCGGUUCAUGUUGUAAGAGGAAGCCAGCAUCUAAAUCUCCUCGGACUUGAGUGGAUUAAAUGUGUGCCUUCUGUGCUACCCAAUGUACAUCGGAUUUGUGUAAACCCGGCCUUAGAUUCCAAUUUGGUAAAUCAUAAACAGGUGUUUCGUGACGACUCUUCUACCCACCACUGCGGUUUGCCUGUUGAAUUCCAAGUUCAAUCAGGCUUCCGUCCCCGGUUCUUCAAAGCUCGCUCAGUUCCCUAGGCAGUCCCACCUAAGGUCGAGGAAUAACUGGAUCGCUUACAGAAAGCGGAAAUUAUCGAAUGGGCAUCCUCAAUAGUCCCAGUUAUUAAAUCCGAUGGGUCUGUGGCCCUGACUGUCUAAGCAUCACGCCAUACUCGCGCGACCAAGGUCAUGUACCCCCGUGCAGACGACCUUCUUGCCGAUUAUCCACCCUUCAGCCUAUGACACUCCCCCCCGCUUGUGCUGUCUCCUCCUGUCUACAACUAGCCUUCUGUUUUGCAUACAUCAAAGCCAGCGCCCUAGCCACCUGAACUACGAGGCCUCACCGGGAGCUGUGGUCUGUCAGUCUUUAAUGUUAGAAGGGGGACCUUGGAGCAAGCGCAUGUUUGUCUAUCAAGUGCUCUGUCCUUGGCUGGGGCGGGUGGAUUGUUUGUGAUGGCUUGACACCCGUCUAUGCUGGUAACGACCAUUAGUAUCUGUUGUCUUCUCCACUGACACAAGUACCAAUCGCCACAUGUUCACUCACCCCACUCAGACGGAAUUAUCGAUCCGUGAGUGCCUCGCGGCAAAACCUGUGUGACUCUUAAAGGCUCUCGUCAGCUUGGCCCGGAUGAGGUCUGGGGCAUCAUAGUGAAACACGAGCGUCCGUAAAGUGUGAUGUGUGCGGUCAGACAGCUUCACGACAAGACGGAAUAAUCUUGGAAUUAUUCGCUAUGCCAAUUGGAGGAGGCAGGGUGGCCUUCUUGCCCUAUCGACGGUUACCCGGAAUAAGCGUCAAGUCUAACGAAAUGGAUCUAAAAGGCAUUCGACAUGUAUCAUCCGUCAUCCAGCUAGGAGUAUACGGCACCCUCAGUCGUCCUUCAUGACUUUCGACUCGCUGCCGUUGAAGCCACCUCGGAAGUUCCAACUCUAGCAAACAUGCGGAUCGACGACAGAUUCGCGACCCAACUACCCAGAGCUCAGGCUCAGACCGCAAACUGCCACCAAUUAACCACAUCGACCCGUCCAUCAUUGUGGUUUUUUACUAUUUCAGUGUGAACUCCAGUGUAGGGAGUUUUCGGUGUAGCCGCCGGGCAAAACCUGUGACCGCGCACACUGUGACCAGGUGUCAGUCUCCUUGCUCUGUCGCUGGUGGUCUCGACUUUAGCCUGGAACCUGCCCUACCAUCGUACAACCAAAAAACUUUACUCACCACCGAAGGCCCUGAUUUGGUAGAUUUAAUUUUCAUCGGUUGGGGGGGGGGCAGGAGGACCAAACAAUGAAGCAACGGUUUUGUGUGCGUUCCGGCCAUUCUAAGCUGCGCAGUCGAAUAGAAACGUCAGACGAACACCAAAUUUAUGCCCCAGUGAGCUCUGCUACCCCUUUGAGGAUUUAUACAUGUAUAUAAAUAUUUUUGGCAACUUUCUACGCCUGGCUUGUUUAAUGUUCGCGGUAUGCGGGGCUUUUCACCUUUUGGGUCAGAAAUGCUUUUUUUCUACUGCAAUUUACUUUUCCGAAGGCCGCCGGGGCAGUUGAAAGACCUGAUUAUGGGUUAGCAAAUUGCGUGUUGCUAAACAAACGCCGCCCAGUUGAUUGUCCGUGCAACCAAAUGGACACAGCGUAACUCAUUUGACAGCGUGAGAGCGUAGACAAAAACAGUUAAAGUGAGUUCCAAAUGUGGCGCCACAUCAGCACGUGGACUGUAGAACUUCUAUAAAAGCAGGAGCGCUAUUUUCUGCCUUUUCCCACCUGAUAUCCAGCUGUUAUUUUGAUGACAAUUAGAGACAUUUAUUUUUGAUCUUGAGUUCUCCGUUGCUCUCUUCUAGUCGACCAGUACACUCGGAAUCUAGUCAUCCGAGGUUACGAGAAUCCCACCUACCGACUGACGGAUGAAUAA